AUGACGUAUCGGAUCGAGGAAUCGCCCAUUGAUGAGGACGAAGGUCCCAUCGACGAGAGUGCCGAAGCGCAGUUGGCGGAGUGUCAGGCUGAUUUAGAUGAGCUCAGUCUCAAUCAAGAUCAGCUGAGAGAAGAAAUAGACAGCAUGGCCUCCCAGAUCAGCGCGGGCCAGGAGGCCUUGGACACUUGUCGGAAAGACAGUCAAUCACUUGCCGACGAACUGGCUCAGUACAAGAAGCCGUCAACACCUCCUUCUCACAAGAUCGAUUAUACUGGAGAUAAGGACUCUGGUAAAAUUGUCGAUAUUGGUGGAAAGAGAUAUCGAAUCUUAUGCCGUGGACAAGCCUGA